CUACUCGCACAGUCCUGAAAAUAUGUAUAUCUAGUUAUAAGGCAUUGAUGCUGUUCUAUACUAUUUCCAUAUUUUACCUUUUUCGUAAAAAUUACAUACAUGCACAAAGGAAGUAUCUUCUUUGCUGACGACAUUUAGCCUCCAUGUCGGUUUAUAAUUUCGAUAGCGGUGUAUAUGGAACAGUGAAAAUGGCGGAGAGCAAGCAAUUUAAAUCGGAAACUUAUAUAAUUGAAUUAACCGAGAGCUGCCCUGAGUCGUGUGUUCAAUAUCUCGUUAAGUGUCUGGAAGGUUCAAAGUUAUCUUUAGAGAUUGAAAAUCUUGCUGAUCAUAGAUUUAUUGCUGUUAGUUGCAAUUUUGCUCAACUUUGUGUCAAGGCAGAAGAAGUUGAAUUGCUAAAAGACAUUGAUAGUCCAGAAAAGGUUAAAGAAUUUGUGUUUCAAGAUGCCCAAAACUAUGUUGGAUUUCAAUCUAAACAAACAUUUUUUACCCCAUAUGAACAGUUGUUUCUACUUGAAAAUAUGUUGCACUCGGUUACAUUUUCUAAGGAAGUGUUUUUGAAAUCUGGGUUGAAACGAUUUGGAGACAGUGAAUCAAUUAUAACCGGCUGUUUGCAUUCUAAGCCACAGAUAAUUGAAAGCUACACACCCAUGCACAAUGAAGGUGACAAAAAAAUUGUGUGGGAGAAAGUUAGAAAGAAUCCUAUCUUCUUUCCAACUCAAGAAAUUCAUAAAUAUUAUGGUGAAGAAGUUGCGUUCUAUUUUGCUUGGAUGAGUUUUUUUACUUGGUCCCUUUUUCCAAUCUCUUUAUUUGGUGUUGGACUGUUUUUGCAUCGACCAAAGGGAAUAACAGUUGACGACAGCCCGUAUCUACCUAUGUAUGCAUUGCUCAUGGCGUUUUGGACAAUUAUAUUUACAAAGUGUUGGAAGAGGAAAGAGCAUGAGCUAGCCUUGGAUUGGGGUACGUCAGAUAUUGAGAAAUGCGAACUCGUCAGACCUGAGUUUAAGGGAGUCUUACGUAAAAGUCCUGUCUCUGGAAAGAUGGAGAAAUAUUUUCCGGCCUGGAAAAGACGGCUGCGUUAUCUAAUCAGUUUCCUGUUGUCCAUACCUUUCUUGAUGCUGGGUGUUAUAGCCAUGAUUUUAUCUCUUAAUUUCAAUGGUUACAUCAAGCACAAAGAAAGUCCAAUUUAUUUUGCCAGGCUUGCCUCGUUUGCUGAACCUGGUCAUAUUUUUGCUGCUGACAACCCUUAUUAUGGUUGGAUGAUACCAACAAUCGGACAUUCGAUUGUUAUAAAUAUAUUAAAUAAACUGUACAGAACUGUGGCUACGUACGCAACUGACAUUGAAAACCACAGGACAGAGUAUCAAUGGACUAGCUCGCUGACUGUGAAAAGAGUUUUGUUUGAACUGUUUGAUUGCUAUCUGCCGCUGUUCUACAUAGCCUUCUACCAGUUGGAUAUAAUUUCACUGAGAAGAGAAUUGGUUGGUUUAUUUUGGGGCGAUGAGAUUCGACGUGUUCUCACUGAAGCUAUUUUACCCUUGAUUACAGAAAAGAUUCAAGCGCAUCGACAGAAAAAGAAAUUGGAGGCGUUGAAGAAAACAGACGAGAAGUGCAACUUACAGAUUUUGCAAAAUCUGCUUCUUGAAGAAUAUGAACAGUUUGAUGAUUAUAUUGAAAUGGUGAUACAAUUUGGAUACGUCACCCUGUUUGCGUCAGCAUUUCCACUGUGUUCAAUAAUUACCAUAUUGUUUCUAUUUCUGGAAGCACGAUCCGACAUGUUCAAAUUGUUGUUUUUAACGCGUAGACCCAUAGUUAGAAGAGCAAAGAGCAUUGGAGUGUGGUUCAAAGUUCUGACCGCCAUGAUGAUUCUCUCCAUGGUAACCAAUUGUUUUCUGUUCGGUUUUGCUAGCGAACAGCUUGCCAGCUGGGCGCCUGAAAUGUAUGAAACGCACAGCGAUGGUGAUCAAUGGAUUAAGCCAGGAUUUGGAAGGUACGUUGUGGGCGUGGUGUUUGCAGCGGAGCAUAUUUUAAUCAUAAUCGUUAUGUUGUCUCACUUCUUCAUCUCCGACACUCCCAAUAACGUCAAAAUUGAACUGGCUAGGCGAGGUUAUAUUCGAAAAGAAGAGCUGAAAUUAUUGAAAGGAAAGAACUUGAAAAUCGACUAAAGAAGAAAUAAGGUGUUUUCGCAUUUUUGUGAUAAAUCUGGUGAAACGAAGUAAAUAGAUAAUUUUUAAACCUUAACGAUAAACAGGAAAGAUCUUUCUCUCUAGACAGCUUACUUGGAUUUAAAAUUUCAGCAAGAAUAUUUUUUAUACAGUUAGAUGGCGGUGUGAUCUACUAACUUUAGCCUUUUCUAUCUGUAAGAGAUAGAGGAGAGAGGAAAUGCCAAAGAAAUAAGUUUUUACAAUAUCCAACUAUUUUUUCUGUUUCUUUGUGAAACUGAUACAUAAUGUCUUCGAAGCACAGGUAUAAGUCCACCUUACAUAUUUGUUUAGAUAUUUUUUUAUUUUGUAGAUUUUUGGAGUAGGUAAUUAUACAAUUUAUUUAUUUUAUUUUAUCAAAUAAUCUGUGAUUUUGUAAAUUUUUUUUCAAAUACAUGUUAGCUACAAACGCCUUUUGCCUUUUGUUAUUUAUCUCCCGUCUAAAUUUAAAAAAACUUCACUAGAAAUCCAAACGCGAAAAAAAUGCAUAAGGUUGGAAUAACAAACCUACAGUGGAACCUCCUUAAAGCGGACACUUGCGGGACCAGAGAUUUUGUCCGCUUUAGAGAGGUGUGCACCCAGAAGAGAUCUUGCUUAUUUUGAGUAAAAACGCGAAAAAUUUGACAUUUAAAGCAAAAAUCAAUUAGGAAUGCCCGUAAUACCCAUUAUCCCUUCCCAGUUAGGCAAAAAAACAUUAAAAAAACAAUUUGGCGUGCAGAAAUAAAAUUUGAACAAACUCAGGCGUUUGUGGACAUUUCGGCAGUAACACGAAGUUAUUGUAAACAGGUGUUUAGCAAAAAAAAAAAAAACAAUAAAAUAUUUAUUUUUGAUAUUUGAUCAAUAUUUUGUCCACUUUACAAGGGUUUAUUAAGAAAUCGUCCAGGAUGAGUCCGCU